AUGGCGAAUAAAGCUCGAAAGGAUGGAGUUGACUUCCAGCAGCAUCUAUUUUACUACAUAAUUGGGUUGAACCACAACAGAUAUAACUACUCGAUAUUGUAUGAAGGAAACGACAAAUUUUACGGAGCGUUAGACGACGUGAUAUUAAGAAUUCAUCCAGAGGUUAAAAGCAAAAUCAACGAAGGAUUCUACUUGUUUCAAGCAAAGCAAACCAUCGACAACACAUUUACGAUGUCCAUACAAGAUUUAUUACAUUACAAAGUAAACGUCACAAAGUACAUUGAUUCAUAUAAAACAUUUAAGGAAUCGAAAGCACGUAAUGGAAACGAAUUGCCUACCGAAAUGAUAUACUGGACCUCAUACGAUUUUCACAAGACGAGUAAAGCAUUUAUAGAAGAACAUUUCAGCAAAGAGCCUCACCUAGAUUUAAACAUCACAGAGAUAAAGAAGUAUAAAAUUUCUCAUUGGAAAGCUCUGUUCAUGUUCGAUACAGCCCAGAAUUUAGCACAACAAUGUACGUCAAAGCCGACACCCAAAAAAGAAACACCAAAGCACACAUAUUUAUGUUCAGCAGUAGUACAGCAAAUCAUGCAUGAAAUACUGGAAGUAGCAAAUCAAACGGACCCCGUAGAUCUUGAAAAAAAAUCCACUGUAAGAUUUCGGGAACAAUUUCUAUCGGGCGCUGAAAGCCUAUCAAAAAAUGCAACCGCGUUUCGGAAAAGUUUUCAAAUAGCCUGCCAGAUGUGCCACUUCACAGACUUGCCAUCAGAUGUAUUCACUACCGACAUAAUUGAUCUGAACUGGGCGGACAAUGCUUCACAACAGUCGCAAUCCGGUUUACAGUAUAACGGGCUUGGUGAAGAUGAAUUGAAUUGGUUUUUCGAUCAUUUUAUAUUCUAUGUCAACGUACCAAAAGGUGAGCCAAUGCUUGAAGCUAUAAACGAUGUGUUUAAUGGACAGUUCAAUGAAAAACUGUUCGAAAAGUAUUUGCUAAAGAAACCUCAAAGCGUUGCGCAAUCUGCUAGGCAAGGAAAACAGCAACCAGACAUUUUUAUUACGAAACCAUUCGUUAAUGCGCUACUCGAAAUGAUACAUCUGCAACGUAGCUUGACUGCUCCAUCACUUAAAUGUGUGGAAUUCAAACAACAAAGUCUCAACCACUUAGAUGAGCUGAUUCAAUCAGCACUUCAUGACAACGUGUGGGAUUUAUGCAUAAUUGCAAAACCGAAAGUCGAAUGGACUGUGGCUCGCAUCGCAAAAUUGAACAAAAGUUCAAUUUUAAUUAGCAAUUCGGUGGAUUUCAACAAUUUUCUGAGGAUGUUAACAGAGCUUCGGUCCAUAGAGCUUGGUGAAAGUCUCAUCGAUGAUGUGGUACAGAUUGUCGUUCUAACAGGAAUAGAAAAUAUGCCACUACACUCGAAGCAAAUUUUAGAACAACUUCCAAAUAAUGCAAAAGUGAUAUCAAUAAUACCAAACACUGGCGGCAUGCUAAACAAUUACAUUGAAGAUGAUGUAAAGUUUGACGACGUAUCCGUGGAUUACGACCAACUUGAAGUCAAACAUUUGACUAUAGAUGCAAAGAACAUAGCAAUAACCAAUUUACAAAGUGCGAAUUUGUUGGAUUGCGUUGAGCAGGUAGUCGAAUUGAGUCUUCUUAAAGGUAUUACAGUAAAAUCCGAUACGUAUGCGUAUGAUGAAGAACAUUACAUCGAACGACAACUUAUUGACGAGAGUGGUAACGAGGUGUCUACUAGGCUGCAGUUCAUCGAUUCAACACCAACGGUGUCAGUCAUCUGUGAUACAGCAGGGCAAGGAAAAACUAUCGAGCUUCUGCGGAUAGCUAAAGAAACGUGCGCUGUGCCGAACACCGUAUGCUUGUACUUCAGAGCCAGGACUAUUGCUACCAAACUGUCACAAAAUGAGCAUACAGGCGUUCCAAACACGCUGUUAAACUUGUUGCACAUUACCCCAAGAAGCGCUUUGGUAGAUAAUAUCGUUAUGCUUUGCUUUAAACACGUACGUGUGUGCCUUUUGGUGGACGGUUUUGAUGAAAUAGUUGAAAAAUAUCAGCAUCUCGUCAUUGUCUUUCUGCAAGAAAUCAUGAAUGAAACUAAUUGGUCGAUUUUGAUAGCAACAAGAACCGAAUCGAAACCAGUACUAACGAAUGCGUUCAAAACUGCCAGCUUAUAUCAUUUGGGCAAGUUUUCUUACGUGGCGUAUUUCAAACGUUUGUGGCUGAACGAAAAAGUGAAUCCCUCAUCGGAGCUGAUCGCGAAUGUGCACAUUUUUCUUAGCAGCUUUGAUGUUUUGCUAAAAAGUGCCGGUUGCAAAUCGUUUCUUGAAGUACCUCAGCUUUGUAAAAUCAUGGGCAGCAUAUAUCAGGAGCGUAUAGCACAACCCAACAUUCAGUUGCACACCAACUAUGCAAUUGGAUCUAUCUAUGACACGUUCGUGCAGAGCCAGUUUGAAAAUACGGUGCGUGGCAGGUUCGACGAUACGGACAAACUAGUAGCGUUGGCAAAAGAGCUAUUGAAGGCCGAAUUUUACGCCAAACAUAUGCAAUUAGCGUACGAACUGGAAUACUACACGUACAAACAAUUGCUGCCUUACGAGAAUUUUACACCCUUUGGAUUAAUCAUGGUUCAGAUUGACUCAUCGGAUAGCAUUCUUUUUACACAUCGUACUGUAAUGGAGUAUUUUCUAGUUCGCUGUUGUAUGCUGGAUGAUAUCGCUGAUGAAAACUUCUUUGCGUUCCUGGAACGUUAUUUUUGCGUGUCACGUGUAAACAUUGCUGACAAGUUUAUCGAUUUCUUUUUGGCCGAUGCUAAUUGCCUUAAGUGCAAUAAAAAACAAAUCAUCCAAUCGUAUUUGCUCAACAUUCCAAAUCAUCUCGCCACGUGUAUAAGAAUAACGUUGAACAAUGCGACGUUUAAUACGUUGAAGUUGUUGCUGUCGAUCUCUCCAAAAUCGCGAUUGAACAAUUUAUGUUUUCGUUUCGGAGCUACGCAAUCCAUGGAAAAUAUGAGUUAUGUCUCCUCCGCCCCGAACGAAAUCAAUCUGAAACGACUUGGAGAAAGGCAAUUGAUUCUUCUGCUUGAAGCGCUUAAUGAAAGCGACAAAGCCAGCCAAUCAGAUUACGAUCAUGAUGAAGAAAAAGGAUAUUGUGAUGAGAGUCUUUUGAAACGUAUGCUGUUUGAAACGGAAUCGACGGAGGAAGAUGCCCUUGAGGUGGCAAUAAGAAAACCGUUUCCAGUUGUGUUCGACUGGAUUGUUUCGUACUGCGAAAAGCACCCCAGCCCACACAUUGAAAAUUAUAUUUUAGCUCGGCUUCCCCGAUAUGCAGGAACACUUAUAAGACACUGUGGCGUUGAAAAGAAUGGACAAAUUAUCGACAAGAUACGUGAAUUGUGCUUGGAAAAGCUCGAUCAUGAUACUGUGCGAAAGUACCUUCAAAGUUUCGAUUUGCUUUACGAACUCGUAAACAGUAUUGAAACUGUUCCUCAAGGAAAGAAGUUCAUAGAAAAAGAUCGGAUAUAUUUGUUAGAGAAGGUGAUUGAAAUUUGCGAUUGGUAUAUUGAUACCAAACUGUUAACUGUAAUGAAAACUAGAGCUUCCGAUCAAAUUUAUAAUUUGCAAAAUGUAGCCAUUAAAUGUCGGUUAAUAAUCUGGAUCAAUAACACAAGCAUUGCUAGCAACAUCUAG